UUAACCUACGCUAUUAACAAAUAUAUGCGUUGUCCUAUGGUCGCUCAAACAGUCAUGAAAGUGUUAUGGUGUACUUGAAUUUGUCCAACGAGUUAAAGUUAGCUUUACACAGCGAGCCUUGCAGUGAGCAACACAUCCUUAGCAUCAUGAAAGCACCAUGUAUAACUCCCAUAAGGCAGGAGGCAUGCUUGUUGGCCAGCAUUCUGUUCCUUAUGUUGAUGUCUUAAAGAGUGUCCUAAAAAGUCAGAUUGAGCAUUUGAUACGUCAGCUGGAAACAGAGGCAGGUGAGGAGUCUCUGGUUCUCACCGCCAGCCUGAAGGAGGGCACACUGAGCACACUGGGCUCCAACAAAGGGCUGCACUUCCUCAGUGCACGUGAUGAUCUGAAACUCAACUUCUUCUCAUAUUGUUCACAGGACCUAUCCAUGCCAGGUUGUGGUCAUUUUCAAGGCCGUCCGUUAACCAACCAUCCGCCCAUUGUCCCAGGACAAGCCACAGAUGCGGCAGAGAUAGGGGCAGUGCCACACCAUGCCUCCAAUGCAGUGACAGGGAAUUUGAAUGUCCAACAGGCAAACAAGGAAGAGAAGAGUUUGAAGAGAAAACUGGCUGAUGGGACAAUCACUCAUAAUGGUUAUGAGGAUCACAGUGAAUCAGGCAAGACAUACACAGAGUUGCAAAACGUGAAAGCUCUAAGGUUGGAUUCAGGAAACGAUGGUCACCAUCUGUCAGAGCUCAGAGAAGGUGAAAAGCAAUGUACCGGUUUACAAGGUACAGGCUCCAUUCUAGAAAGUAUUCUCUCCGUAGGGGCUGUUGGUUUGUCGAGCAAUCUUGCGUGUUUGUCUGGGAAUUUAUCUGGUAUCAGUACCUACAAUUCUGUUGACACAUGUGGGACUUCCAGCCUUAUGUCAAGUCUACAGACGUCACCACUUUGUUCAGCACCUUUCUACCAGUCAGAUUUGUCUAGUGGACAAUUAGAUGGUCAUCAUAUUGUAGGUAAACCAUAUCAGCCAAAUUUUGGGUCUGUGACAGGUGACAAGCAGUUAGGCGCAGUUACACAUUUUUCACAAGUUGUUCCUCAAGUCAGCUAUGUGAAUACAAUGGAAAGCAACCAAAUGGAUAUGCCUGAUGUGAGGCUUAUAUCGGUCCAUAGCACACAUAUGAGUGCCAUGGAUGAUCAGAAUAUUAAACGGCGGACUCACAGAUUGGAUUUACCAGACAGCUUAAAAACUAAUCAGUCUGGUCAAUAUAUCAAUGGGAUACAUGUGCCUACAACCUCGUUGAAAUCCAUGAAAUCUGACAGUCCUGUAAAUACAACUGGGGUACAAAUGAAUGGUCUGAGUGUAACGAAAUCCAAUGAACAAUUCAAUAAUAACCCAAUUCAAAGAGAUAAUGCAGGCUUUACUGCUUUGAAUAACAACAAUAAUACAUCAAUAAAUGACUUGAGUCCUGGUGAAAUAGUGAUAACUAAUUCAUCGAAUCCAGGUGAAAUCAUAGUUAAAAGGUCAACAAAAGGUGCUUUUUCAUUGUUGUCCAUGCCUUUAGUUUUUGAAUCUCAGGAACUGACUAACAAUUCCCAGUAUAGCAAAACUAUAAUUGUUCAGCCCCUGGAUGAAUCUCCGGCAAAUGGGAAACCCAUUAAAACUAAUGGAAACGUUACAGACUCUAAGGAAAAAGACAAACCAAGAAAAACAUUGUCCAGUAAAAUAAAAGAAAUUACAGAGAGAAUUAAAAAGGAUGAAGAAACAACUAAACUUCACACUAUUCAUCAAAACGAAAUUGAAGAAUUAAAAAAGAAACUUGGUCAGAAACGAUUGAAAAAUGAAGACAUGCCCAAACAAACCUUAAGUAACCCAACUGUUACAGAACCCCAUCUACAAACUACAAAAGUCUCUCACAACAUAAACCACCAUGAACCAACCAUGCAACCAAGUGAUUUGAUAUUUAAUAAAGGUAACCAUCAACAGGAAACCACAAUUGUUGGUAACCAAGUGUUAUCCAAUAUGGUUUCCAUGGCCACCAGUCAUGCAGUGGUUACCAUUGAGAUGCACAAGACUGCAGCACAGGAGCUGGCCAAUACAUGCAGUGAUGAUGGUUCUAACAGUGAGAAGAUUCAUGAUGGGGACUUGUCCAAACUCAAAGAUGUGUCGCGUGCAUCUCACAGAAAGCCCAAACUGCCAAGGUUUAACAUUGGAGAGGCAAGUGACGAGGAGGACAACAAUCCAGAUCCACCAAGAGCCAGAAAAAGUCUGAGCUUGACUAAUUCCCCAGAUAAAGGGAGAGAACUUGGUGAAAUAACAGAUAAUCAUGGAACUGAUACUGGAAAUUCCUUUCAUUCAAUGAAUAAUGAUGAAUCUGAUAUUCUUAAUAUAAAUGUAUCAAUUGAUGAUAACGAUUCAUCGUUUGCUUACAUAAAUUUAGAGGAAUUACGGGCCAGUCUUAUGUUUAAUGACAAUGUAACAGACAUGUCAGUGAUGGGAAGUUCAGGUGAUGAUCUGCCUAAAUCUCAGAAUGAUUCCGGUGGGAAAAGUGUGCCUAAGAAAGGAAGAAACAAAAAACCACUGACUGCUGACUCAAUUCUGAUCACCGAAUCAAAGAAAGAAAAAAACUGGCUACAAUGCAGACUUUGUUCAGAACGGUUUAAAAACAUCGAGGCACUGGAGAGUCAUCUUGAGAAUGAGGCACAUGUAAUAAAGAAAUUCAAGUGUGAUAUUUGUGGUCGAAAGUUUGCUCAGCUUCGCGAUGCAGAGAGACAUAAGCGUGUGCAUACAGGCGAAAAACCUUUUCGAUGCAUGGUUUGUAAUAGAGACUUUGCGAGGAAGGACAAUCUCCUGUCCCACUGCAAGCGGCAACACUUACAGCAGGACCAGAAUAACAGCCCAAAUGAGGACAUUCUGACGCAGAAAGAAGUUUCUUGUUGAUAGUUCUGUGCAGAAUGUUAUCAAGAUUUGAAAUACAUUUUACUGUUAAUACAUGGGCAGGUUUAGUUUGAAUGAUGAUUAGCUCUCUUGAAAAUAAUACAGUGUGGGAAACAUU